AUGUUCCCGCCACUUAGCUUUUUUAACAUCAGUUUCUCAAUCUACAAACCCCAAAUUCUCAAAUUCUAGGGUUUAUCUUUCUCAUCCAUUCAACCAUGGCGGAUGCCGAUCGAAUUGCUCAAUUAUUCAAUGAAACUCUCAACUCCGACGGCCAGGUUGUUCGCAACGCUACACAGCAGCUGGAUGAUCUAUCCAUUUCCUCCAAUUUCCCUUUCACUCUUCUCUCACUUAUUAACGGAAACGGAAAUCAAGGUCAAAAAGUUGCUGCUGCAACAUAUUUGAAGAAUUUAAUUCGACGAAAUAUUUAUGGAGAAGAUCAAUUUCCUUCUUUUAGUAAGGAAUUUAAGGAUAAGCUAUUAGAAACUUUACUCAGAGUAGAAAUGCCCGUUCUAAGAAUCUUGGUUGAAGCGUUUGGUUCUGUUGUUGAUGCUGAAUUUGUGAAGAAGAGUGCAUGGUCUGAACUUGUGCCCCAACUUUGUUUUGCUAUCCAAAAUAGUGACAUCAUAAGUGGAAACACAAAUGCCGGAUUCUCAACCGUUAAUGCCCUUAAAGCUCUUCAAGCACUUCUUAGACCUUUCCAGUACUUCUUGAACCCGAAAGUGGCAAAGGAGUCUGUACCACCGCAGUUGGAACAAAUAUCAAAAGAUAUAUUGGUGCCUUUGUUGGUUGUAUUUCAUGGUUUCGCAAAAAAGGCUGUAAUGACCAAAGGAAAUUUGAACAAUGAGACAGAAAAUGUCCUUCUCAUUGUCUCCAAAUGCACUUAUUUUUCUGUGAGGUCAUAUAUGCCUACUUCUUUGGCUCCUUUACUGCCUUCCUUCUGUGGUGAUCUAUGUGAUCUUUUGGAGUCAUUAGGCCUAGAGGAGUCAGUAUCUUCAGAUGGCAGUCAACAAAUGAGACUUAAAACCGGAAAGAGGUUGUUGCUUAUUUGCUCUGCUCUUGUGACUCGUCACAGAAAGCAUUCUGACAAGUUGAUGCCUCAUAUUGUGAAGUGUGUUCUGCGAAUUGUGAGAUGUAGCACAAAUAUUAGUAAUCUGGACUGUUUAUCAGAGAGGAUUAUUUCCCUGGCAUUUGAUGUCAUUUCUCACAUUCUGGAGACUGGCCCAGUAAGUUUACAGGGUUGGAGAUUAAUUUCACCCCAUUUUUCAUCAUUAUUGGACUUUGCUAUUUUUCCGGCCCUCAUAAUGAAUACAAAGGAUAUCUUGGAGUGGGAAGAAGAUCCAGAUGAGUUCAUAAGCAAGAAUUUACCAUGUGAUUUGGAAGAAAUAUCUGGAUGGAGAGAAGAUUUAUUUACUGCCCGAAAGAGUGCUUCAAAUUUACUUGGUGUCAUUUCUAUGUCAAAGGGGCCUCCAGUGGUGACUAAUAGUCACAGUUUUAUGUCAUCUUUGAAGCGCAAAAAGGGUGAAAAGAAGAGGGGAAAGGAACAACCCUGUUCAGUUGGAGAAUUGCUUGUACUACCUUUUCUGUCUAAGUUUCCAAUUCCUAGUGAUGCAAAUGCAUUUGACACCGAUAUGUCAAAUAAUUAUUAUGGCGUACUAGUGGGAUAUGGAGCACUGCAUGAUUUUUUAGCAGAGAAGCACCCUGAUCACACUGCAAUGUUAAUUAGAAAUCGCGUGUUACCACUGUACACAAUCUCCAAAACGCACCCAUAUUUGCUGGCUGCUGCAAAUUGGUUACUUGGAGAGCUCACGUCCUUUUUAUCUGAACAGGAUAUGGAAGCUGAAGUAUAUCCUACAUUGCUAAAAGCACUUACGAUACCUGAUUGCGAAAAUGUGUCCUGUUAUCCUGUUCGAGCAAGUGCUGCUGGGGCAAUGAUGAAGCUUCUUGACAAUGAAUACUUGCCAUCUGACUGGUUACGUCUUCUCCAAGUAGUAGUUGGUAGAAUUGGUAGUGAAGAGGAAGAGAUUUCUAUGUUAUUUCAGCUCCUUAGUUCGUUGGUGGAGGCUGGAGAGAAAGAGGUGGCGGUUCAUAUACCUUUAGUUGUAUCAAAAUUGGUUGAUGGAAUUUCAAAGUACAUGUUUUCCAAUCUAGAGCCAUGGCCUCAAGCAGUUAUACAAGGUUUUGCCGCACUUGCUGUAAUGGCUAAAUCCUGGCAAGACACUAUACCUGACGAAUAUGACCUAAGCAGCAAGUGGGCUUCUGAUCAGAAAAUUAUGGCUAGAGGGUUUUCUGCUCUCUUGCAACGGGCUUGGCUUGCACCCAAGGAAAUUAUGGAUAAUGAAGAAACUUCACUACAAUCAUGUAUUGAUGGUGCAUCAACAAUGUUUUGGUUUAUUUUGUGUUCGAGUACCAGCAGUGAUGCUCUUUUGGAACUCAAGGUGCCAGAUUUGUUGUCAGUUUGGGCUGAAAUUAUCGCAGAGUUUCAUGGUUGGGAAGAAGUGGAGGAUUUGACUAUCUUUGACUGCAUUAAGGAGGUUGUUAGUCUGGAGAAGAACCUUGGCCUGCCGAAACUUUUCAAUAAAGCUAUGCCUUCACCUCCAGCUCCUCCAGUACCAGAAAAAUCCAUUCUUGAUAAUAUUGCGACAUUUGUCUGUGAGGCCAUUUCACAAUAUCCUUCGGCUGCAUCUAGGGCUUGUGCAUGUGUACAUAGCCUUCUUCACCUGCCACAUUAUUCUGAUAAAGAGGAAGUCAGGCAUUCAUUGAUUGUUGCUUUUAGUCAGGCUGCAGCUUCUAGAUUCAAAGAAAUCCAAAGCAAACCAUGUCCACUUUGGAAACCACUAUUGCUUGCAGUCUCAUCAUGUUACUUGUAUUAUCCAGAGAGCGUGCAGACAGUAUUAGAAAAAGUUCAAAAUGGUGGUUUUUUGGUCUGGGUAUCUGCUGUGAACUCCAUUUCGUCUACCUCAUUCACACCAAACACUUCAACGGAAUCAGAACUUAAAUUAGUUGUGUUUACUCUAGCCAAAGUGGUUGAGCAGCUAUUAUCUAUGGGAAACCCAAGCAGUGGCUUGUUAUGGGAUUGCUAUUGCUCACUAUUGUCAGAUUUUGUACGAUUGAAAGAAAUUCAGGAUGACAAGGAUGAAGAUGAAGAAAUCGAAGAUAAUGAGAGUGAAGAGGAAGAGGAAACUGAUGAUGACGAUGAUGAGGAUUCUGAUGAUGACGUACGUGAAGAAACUGAAGAGGAGUUUCUGAAAAGAUAUGCUGAAGCGGCUGCUGCUUUGGAAAAUGGAGCUCUCACUGCAGAAGAGGAUACUGAUGAUUUCGAUGAAGAACCUGAAUUGGGCUCACUUGAAGAGCAAGAUCCGCAAGCAAUUCUGCAAUCGUUGAUGGAGAGAUAUCAUCACAUUCUUGUACGAAAUCAGUCUCUCUCUCCACAGCUUGUUUUGAGUUUGCAAAGCCUGUUUCCGCAAUACAAUGGCUUCUUACAGUGAUUUGAUCACAUAUUUACAUGUAAUAUAACUACCUAAUGUAGCUUGUAUUAUUCUUGGUGACUUUGCAUGAAAUUAUCUUGCUUGGAUUGUUUAUGCAAUGUGCUGCAUAGUGCGAGUUAUACAUAUUAUUUUGAACAUGUUUUUUUGAUGAACAAUAAUACAAUGUAUAGGUGAUAACUUCAGUUUGGCCAAUUUUAUUUUAUUGUACAAUUCUAUUUGAAAUUCUGCCUUGAUUUCUGGGUAAACAUGUACGAUUGAUUAUAUCAAUGGUCAAAUUACAACAAUAAUUUGUUUGAUA